AUGGCCAAAGCUGCACUGGAAUGCAUUUCCGGAUUGAAUGUCUACGGAGCUGAAGGCAGUCAUUCUUCCGUUCUACUCAUCGAUAUUGAUGCACACAGUCGAAAUCGUAUUAUUUUGACCAAUUUGCUUCCAAGAGAAUCCGCCUCUAAGGUGAGUUAUUCCAGUUGA